AUGGGCGUCAUUCGUCUCCCCCGUCCCACAGGCCUCUAUGUGCCCAACUCUCCCCGCAACCUGACCACCGAGAUGAUCUCUCCACCUCUGUCCCCCAGCUUUAACUUUGACUCCGAAGCCCUCCCGCCGUCUAUCCUCCCCGCCCUCGAGUACAUCUCAUCCAAGCUGCAGCAGAAGAUGAUGCACGUCACCCUGCUGGUCGGCCGCGGCAAGCCCUAUCCCACCGGUCAACCCUCCGACCUCAUGGUGAUCCCCAUCACCCCGCUCGACACCCAGGCCAGCCGCACACUCUUCCGUGUCGUAGCCAAAGCCGCCGCCAAAUUCUCCCUGGGCCAGAGCUGGACGGACGCCCUCGCCCGCAGCCAGUACGAGCGCACGGCCAACGAGUAUCUCAUGCACCAGUCCAUCCUGCAGAACGACGUCGUCUUCAGCCGCGAGGGCCUCACCCUCCUCAACGUCGACCGCAUCUACACCUUCAAGCGCCGUCUCUGCCUCCUGUCCCACCGCACUACCACCACCUCCACCCCGGACGACGCCUACAUCGACUCCUGCGUGCAGCUCCUCCACCGCACCAUCCAGGACCUGGAAGGCCGCCCCUUCAGCAAGGCCUUCUUCCACCGCGUCUACGAGCAGCUCGAUGUGCGCGACGACCUCCUCGCCCGCGUCGCCGCCGCCUAUAAAAAAGCCUUUGCCGGCGCCGAGGGUAUCGUCAUGCCACCGCCGCCGCAGAAGCAGAAGCAGCAGCCGCCACCACCGGUCGCUCAGCGGAGAGGCACUGCCGAACACAGCGCGCGGCGCUCGCCGAUCCGGCCCGUCCGCGCCCGCCGCGAGCCCGCUCCGCCCAAGUUCCGUGCCGUCGUCUCCAAGCGCGCCCCCAAGACCCCGCUGUCCGCGUCGGACGUCACCCCCAUCACCCGCAAUGAAUGGAAUAUGUUGGCGUCGGAUCUGCGCCAGGUCAAGCCCACUGUCACCAAGUGGACUCCGUCGCCGACCGUGUUGGCGGCGGCCUGA